AUGGCUGGACAAGGCUCCCAGGUGAAGAAAUCUUGUGCUUGUUGCGAAAGGUACAUGGAUCAUUGGCGUGGAAAGAUGACGUCUUUCCUCAUGCUCAUGUCUGCUAAUUAUAGGCACAGCAUGACAAUGCCUGCCAGGUUCAUGAACCAAUUUGGAGGAGAGAUCUCGGAGAGCAUCGACAUCGAAUCCCCUGACGGCAGUGUUUAUGUUGUCAAGGGCACCAAGUUCAUGAACAAGAUGCUCCCCCAGUGUGGAUGGAAAGCAUUUGUCGAUGCCCAUCGCAUAGAGGAGAAUGACUCGUUGCUGUUCCAGCACAUUGAGAAGGCCCGUUUUAAGAUAGGUCCCAUGACCAUGCCGACAAAUCAUCAAGAGUUCGGAAAAGAGUCUCUAGCUGUCAGAGGGAUUGUCCAAGUCAACGUAGAAAAGCUGCAAGGAUUACCACAACAUCAGCCUCUUCGUCUGAGGAAUCAGUUAUGUACAGGACCAGAUUCUGAGGGCACUGCUGAAUACGAAUGCUCUUCAGGUUUUGAUGAUGAUCCUAAGACAAAUGCGGCACCUGAUUAUGUCUUAUCAUGUAUGACUAUUCCAUCUGAAGAACAAGAGGAGGAAGUAGAUGGACUUAUCAAGGAAAUCCAGCCUGAAACUACUGUAUUUGUGGCUAUCAUGAAACCAAGCAAUGUCAAACGAUACUCUAGUCUUAAUCAGGUAAUUCCUCACGGCUAUGCAGCCGCGCACUUCCCACACACAAGUCAAGUGGUGACGCUUCAGCGGCCAGGCAAGAACAAGAAGUGGCAUACCAAGCUUCAGGUCAGGAAAGACAGAGUUUCCCACGUGUUCAGGGUCAGACUUCGUGCAAGACAACCAUUUGCAGGAAGGCGACAUCUGCAUCUUUCAGCCAUUGAAGACUGCUGGCAUAAGUCAAAGGUUGGUGCAUUACCUGAACAUGCUGGAAACAGUCCUAGUCCAGGACCAGGAGGAGGAACAAGCUCCAGUAAAGGCAGAACGACGAGGACGAAGGCAAACGAGCCUAAGAUUGUGCACUCAGGUGAAGGCAGCAGAGCAAAGGCGAAGGUGACACCGGUAGCGCGUGUUAAGGAGGAACCUGCCGAUCAGGCGCCUUCACCUUGUAAUUGUCAUUUGACUGAUGAUGAGUCAGGCGAUUCUGGUGGACCUUCUAAAGCAGGUCUCUACAUUAUGGCAUCCCAUGCUCAUUUGGGUGAUGAGCAGAGGAAGAAAGUGGAAGACGUAGUUGGAAGCAUCCAGUCUCAAGUUCCCCUUUACGUGGCAGUGAUGAGCAAGACCAAUGUUGCUGCCACCGGCUGCGUCUUAUACUUUGGCAAGCAAUAUGCCAGCAAGUACCUUCCAUACGGGGAGCACACCGUGACGCUCAUGAGGAACGGGAAGAGCUCGGCAUGGAAGGUGAAGAUGCAUGCGCAGAGGUUCAGUAAAGGCUGGCGUGGCUUUGUCCGCGACAACCGCCUCAAACUUGACGACAUCUGCCUAUUCCAGCUGACCAAGGACGACAUCAAGAUGCUUACAAUGACGGUCUAUAUCAUUCGCCAUGUCUAA